AAAAGAUCCAUGUGGACAAAAUCAGAGAGAAUCAGAGAGAUGAUUCUUUCACAGCUGGUUGUGAUCACAGUCCUAGGGCUCCCGUGGACGACAGCGACCGGACUGCCUUGCACUUGGAUGUUGCCCUCUCAACCAGCCCCUUUAAAUGUUAACAGCGUUAAGCCCUCAGAUGUGGCUGUGCUGUCCUCCAUUGGACUUGAUGUGAAUAGCACUGAGCUGUUCACGGUGGUAUCAAGACUCAGAGAGUUGAUGUCCCUCUUCAAUCCUGAACUGAUCAGUCCUAUCUCAGAAGAACCCAACUUGUACGCCCCUCAGUUUGAUCAACACAGCACACUAGUGGAGCAGGCAAAUGAACUGUCCCUCUAUCUCCAAAACAAUCAGGUCAUUAAUGUUGACAGAGAUUGGAAGCUAGUCCUUCUAUUUGUUCAGGUGAAUGAGCUCUGUGCCUGUGAGCAGCAGCAGGUUCAGUCUGUCAUCAAAGCAGUGAUUGAAGAGGUGGAUGAUGCUCUGCAGUUGCUGCACUCUCAGCUGACGCGGACCAUCGUCAGUGUUGCACUGUGGGAUGUAGAGAAUGAUAGUUUCCACAACAAGAUGUGCCCGUGCAUGGAGACAUACAGUGAAGGCGAAGUCAGACUUCUAAAGGUCAUGCGGAGUCAAGCUCUGCAGGAGUCCUUGGGUGAGCUCAUGGUAAAGAAGCGCUGGUACAGUGACAGAGAUGACUUUAGUGUCAUUCUGCAGGAUGCACCUUUCAUCACAGACCCUUCAUCUGUCGCUAGUGGGAAGCCUCUCUCUGAGUCACAAGCAUCACAACAAACUGACAAACUGAUGGUGCAGAUGUGGACUAACCUGCUCCAGCCCACAAGUGGCCAACAAGACACGGAAGACAAUGUAAAGAUCAUCGCAUUGCCAUGUCCAACUGAGGACCGGCCCUUCCUGAGGACAGAGGGAAACUCUCCUUCAUAUGACCACAGUAAUGCCUCUCCUCUCAUUCACCCAUUUACAGGCACAGAGAUGCCCUGCGAGGACCUCAGCCCCUCGCCCUCCACACCCACAUCAGUCCAUGAACUCAGGCCUGGAGAUAUCAAAGUAGUGGCUGCUGUGGGCGACUCUCUGACAGCAGGGAACGGUCUUGCAUCCAGCCAGAGCAACAUCCUGGACGUCCUGCGACAGUACAGAGGUUUGUCCUGGAGUAUUGGUGGAGAUGAAAACCUCACAACCGUCACCACGCUGCCCAACAUCUUAAAACAUUUUAACCAAAACCUGACGGGCUACUCUGUUGGCACGGGCAAGGAGGAGACUCCUCAGUCUUUCCUCAACCAGGCUGUAGCAGGAGCUAAGAGCAGGCACAUCCCAUCACAGGUGCGAGCCCUGGUGGCAAGGAUGAAGAAUGACUCUAGAAUCAAUUUUAAAUCCGACUGGAAGGUGAUCACCAUUUUUGUUGGUGGAAAUGACAUCUGUGAGCACUGUUACAACUCUCUUCUCUACUCUGUAGAGAAUUAUGUUCGUAAUAUUCGCGACAGCCUGGAUUAUCUCCACAAAGAGGUGCCUCGGGCUCUGGUGAACUUACUAGAACCUCUUCAUAUAACCCCACUGAGAGAAAUGCACAUGGAUGCUUCCCUUAAAUGCCCAACUUGGCUGGUAAAUAUUCUGUGUCCUUGCGUUAUCUUACCAAAGGCCAACUCUAAAGCUCUUCAAAUGUUGGAGGACCUCAACAGAAGCUAUCAGCGUUUACUGCAUGAGGUUGUGGAGUCAAGCCGCUAUGACACUCGCCCAGACUUCACUGUGGUCAUCCAGCCUUUCUUCAGAGAAAUCGUUGUCCCCAGAUUGCCGGAUGGCCGCGCGGAUCGCUCCUUCUUCAGUGCUGACUGCUUCCAUCUCAGCCAGAAGGCCCAGACGCAGAUGGCUCGCUCCCUCUGGAACAACAUGCUGGAACCUCUGGGCAAUAAGACUUUCACACAGGAUUUUACUGCAGACAUAAAUCUAAAAUGUCCUACCAAGACUUCACCAUACAUCCGGACAUAUAACAACAGCAAUUACAAAUAUGCUGGUCCCUCUCCAACACCUGGACCUAUCACAAACUGGGGAAGUGACUUUUCCUGUGUGGACCUUGCUCCCUCUGACACUGUGCCAACUUCAGUUCAUACACUGAGACCAGCAGACAUCAAGGUGGUGGCAGCACUGGGAGACUCCUCAACGGCAGGCACUGGCGCCAAAGCAAAUAACCUGUUGAACCUCAAUAAAGAGUAUAAAGGAGUAUCAUGGAGCAUUGGAGGGGAUCAGACUCUGGAGACUGUCACAACACUACCAAACAUCUUGAGGAAGUUCAACCCCUCUUUAAAGGGCUUCUCCAAAGGCCAGGGAUCAAGACAGAAGGGCUUCAACAUGGCUGUAGCUGGAGCUAAGACCUCAGAGAUCCCACUGCAAGUCCAAGAUCUCAUCAAGGCAAUGAGAGAAAAUAAGGAGGUGGAUUUUGAAAGAGACUGGAAACUUGUGACAAUAUUUGUCGGCGGAAAUGAUCUUUGCAAUUACUGCAUAGACCAAAAUAAUCUAUCACCCAAAAACUAUAGCCACAAUCUUAUGCUGAGUUUGGACAUGUUAUACAAAGAGGUGCCAAGGCUGUUGGUUAAUGUUGUGGAGCUCUUGCAGAUAGAUCCACUAAAAUCAGUUAAGAGGAACACACUUGGCUGUUCCCUUAUGCAGAGAACCAGUUGUCCCUGUGUUAUCAACCCAGCUGAAAAUUCCCCAGAGCUAGAAGAGAUUAAAAGAAUCAAUCACGAGUAUCAGGCUGAGACCCAGCAUCUUAUUUCUGGAAAUCGCUACGACGACAGAGAAGACUUUGCUGUUGUCCUCCAACCAUUUUUACAAAAUCUCUUCAUCCCUCAUAUUGGAGCAGGUGAGGCUGACCCGAGUUUCUUCUCUGUGGACUGUUUCCACAUCAGCGAACGAGCUCAUGCUGAGAUGGCCAUUGCCCUGUGGAAUAACAUGCUUGAGCCUGUAGGCAGAAAGCAGGCCUACAACAACUUCACAUAUGACCGCUCCAAGAUUCAUUGUCCCUCUGAGGCCAGUCCCUUCAUCUUCACUAAGAUCAACAGCCUACGAAGCCCAGCUGUGACCCCCACCCCCACCAUCAGCUCCAGUCCUGCACCAACCAUCCCUGUGCCCAAGUGUCCCUCCUCUAUGCCAGUGUGGGUGCCAGUGAUUGUGGGAAUUGUCAGUUUACUGGUUGGCAUUACUGCUGCCUGGCUAAUUCUCUCUCGCAGUCAGCGUCGGAAAAACAAAGUGGAGAAAACAGUAGAAAUGAGAGGAACUGGUUUUUAAUGCAGCUGUUUGUAUCAAAUUAUUGUCAACAGUAUAUUUAAGUCUUAAAGCAGCAUCAAGCAAAUGUUGGCCACUAGAGGGCAGAAAGACAGUAGACUUCAGAUCAAACUUUUGCUGCUAAUUCUGCUGUUUCACUUGAGGCAGGUAGUAAACAGUAAGUAAGCGGUGUCAGUGUGAGCUUUUGAAACUCAGCUCUCGACAAAAUCAUGUCGCUCAAAGAACAAACCGUCAAAACAAUGAGCUUAACCGAAAGCUGCAUAUAGUUGUAGAUUGAGAUUCAGAUCUUCCGUUGGGAUGACAAUACUAGCAGCCUGUUCAUGUUCUAGAGACUAAAGUGAUUAAAUGUCUACUCUUUUUACUUACUUAAUGGUGCAGAAAGUAUGUAAUAUAUUUGUAAUUUUUAUACUACACAGAAAUAAUGAAAUAUUCUAUAUGUAAAUGUCUAAUCCAGAAGUUUGUAAAUUUCUCUUUACUUUAUUUAUUGAUAAAAUAAGAUUGCCACAACAUCUGAGUCAUGGUUUGAUGGUACUUUGCAAACAAUAGUUCCAGGCACUGAAAUGAUCAGAAGUCCUGCGCUAUCAGGUGUUUCCUGAUUAUCUUGGUGAUUAAAUUUUUUUUUUUGCUAUUCUAGCAGCAAAGUGAUGGCUUUCAAUGACAUUGUUUUCAGACAUUUGUGGUUCCCACACAAUGAAUCCUAAUGACUUUGGUGAUCCCCUGACUUUUCUUAUAGCGCCACCAUGGCGUUGACAUUUGUGUUUUUGAGUGAAAAGUUAAACUAUUGGAGUGAUUGCUUCCAAAAGCAAACAAGGUGUGGAAGUGGAUUUUUAAAAUGUUUAUGAACACUAUUUGGUGUACAGAAGUCAGUCUAAUAUUCACACGUGUGCACAGUUACAAUAGUACAAUAAAAAUGUAACACCUAAACCUACUAAUGCCAUCUGGGGAAGUCCUGAAAGAAAGAUGCCAGAUUAAUUCAAAUUGCCUAACCUUCCUCGCAGCGUCAGCUUUUAACCUAUGUUAGUUUUGACAUAUGUGUUUUGCUGAAAUAUUCCCUGCUUCGAUACAAGGAAUGUACAACACUAAACAUGAUUAGUCGUGAAUGUAGAAUGUGCUCUUAUUUGCAAGAAAUAAAUGAUCAGAUGUUUGGCAAUAUAAUAUCGAACAACUAUUAAGCUGAUGAUACACGGAGCAACUUUUAGAGCAAUGGUGCUGGGCAAUGUUCCCGUCAAUGGUAAUGAGUAAAGAUUACUACCGUAAUCCCCUUCCCCCACUACUCCUCCACUUAUCCAUUCAAAAGUCAGACUUGCCACCAGCAAGAUUGCCCAACAAUAUUGCUCUAAAAGUUGCUCCGUGUAUCAUCAGCUUUAGUCAACAGUGGCAGUAAAUCAUUUGGCCACUACAUAGGCUACUGGCUGCAAUAAGAAUAAAACUGAGAAAACUCAGACUUCAAUAUUUUUUUCUGAAGAUGUUUGGAUCUCAGUAAUUAUUUUAAUUUCUUCGCAUUUAUAUACUGCUGUUUAAAAUGGCUUAAAUAGAGCUAUGUUUGCUUGCUUGAUUGACAGAUUGUAACCACACAUAAUUAUUAUUUGUGUACAUUAGCCAAGGGACUAUUUGGAUGACAGCAGCAGUGACAAUACUAUAAAUUAAUUCUUUCUAAAUUACCUUGAUUCUCUUGGCCUUCACUACAUGGGGCAACAUUCAAGCAGGGAGGUAUGUGGCAAAGUUGGGGAUCUGGCCUUUCUGGAAGAUGUUGUCCACGCAGUUGCCCUCCAGCCAGGGAAUACACAGUCUGUUGGUGGCUUCGGCCUUC